AUGAGGUUUCAGAGUCGACUCACCUACGACUCGCUCCAGUUUGAGGGCCUCAACAUCACUGUGGGAGAGCUGAAGCGGCGGAUCAUGAGGCGCGAGAGGCUGAAGUUCUGCCAGCUGAAGAUCAGCAAAGCCCAAACUGAUGAAGAAUACACAGAUGAUGAUGCUCUCAUCCCCAAAAACACAUCUGUCAUCAUCAGACGGGUCCCUGCGGCUGGACUGAAGUCCUCCAACAGAAGAUUUGUUGGACAUCAAGCUGGACCAUCAGCUAAAUCUUCUCAAACAGGUGAUUCUUCACUCCUCUCACUGGAGCAGCUGUUGAAGACUGAGAAUCUGGCUGAGGCAAAGGCAUCAGAGGAGGACAAGCUAAAAGCGGUGAUGUACCAGUCCAGUCUGUGCUACUACUCCAGCAGGGCAGCAGCUCUGCUCCGCACAAGCGCAUCAGGAGGAGCACAGGGAUUCCCCGCAGCUUCCUGUUGGAGGUGGACAACCCAAACCGAAAGGGAGUCAUGAUGGACGGCAGCGGCAAAUACGUCAUUCCCAUCAUAGACGCUGAGGCCUAUGCUGCUGAGAAGAAAAAGAGGUCAUCCUUCUCCUGCCAGACCAAGCCGCUGUCCUCCUCUUCCUCAGCUGGUGCAGCAUCUUCAGUCCAGGACGCCAGAGGGAAACGUUCCCGCUCCCCAUCUCCACCAGAGACGCACGGCGACCAGAAGAGACCACGUCACUGAGAGACCUUCACCCAAGAGACCUGGAGCCGACGUGAGCACAGUGUAUAUAUUGUACAUAGUUUAUGAAUAAAACUGAAUAAAGAUUAUAGCAGCA